AGUCAUGUCAUACCACCCAAUAGUAAAAGAGCCAAAAUUGGCGUUGAAGGGAUAUAAUUCUAAUACCACAAACGAACAAGAUAUCGCUAAUGAAUUACAAGGUUGUCUGCCUUUAAGAAUAUGCUUAAAUUACGAUUCAGAAGACGUUGAAGCUAAUGUUGAGUUUAAAAUGUUGGAGUCAGCUGAGAAAGCUUUCACUCUUUACAGGAAUCUUCGCUUCUCUGAUAAGAAUAUCGAAUUGUUACCCUACGACGAUAAUAACAAUCUAAUUACUCAUAUACCACAAUCAAUAUCGACUCCAAAGAUAUUCAGAAAUUUACCAACAACAAUCACGCCAGAUGCUGUAUACAAUUUGACUAGAUUAUACGGCCCAAUACAUUCAAUACGCAUGAUAAAUGCCGGUGUAGCCGUAGUUGAAGCAUGGGAUGAGGAUACCGCUAAUAAUUUGGAAUCUGAAAUGCAUUGUUCAGAUGUAGACGGUCAAUUGAUCAGCGUAACUACGUAUAUACCUCCACACACAAACGAGUUACAGCCUAAAGCUUCUGCUUUUGUUCCGCAACAUCAAAAGAAACAUGGUUUGGUUACUCCAUUACCAAAUUCUCCAGGUAGUUACUUCGGUCAUGGUCCUGGUCAACAAGUACAAUAUACUGGUACAAACCUUGUCGACCCUUGCAAUCUUUUCGUCAAGAAUCUCGACCACUCUUUAGAAUCAAACAACUUGUUUGAUCAUUUUAAAAGUUACGGUCAUAUUGUUAGUGCAAGAGUUAUGAGAGACGAGAAUGACAAUUCGCGUGGAUUUGGUUUCGUUUCUUACCAAUUCCCAGAAUCAGCCAAAACGGCUUUACAUGCCAUGAAUGGUGUUACAAUCGGUUCAAAAUCAAUCACAGUUAGAUUUCAUGAACCUAAGCAAUUACGUCAAGAGAAAUUGGCAGCGAAAUUCGCCAAAUCUGGUGAUAGACUUACACCAUCACUUGGAUUACAAACACCAAUUAGUCCAGUACCAUCAGAUUAUGGUGGAAUGGAUAAUUAUUUAACAUCACCACCAUUAUCAACAACACCAUUAGGCCAAAGGCGUGGAUCAGGUUCAUACUUUAAAGCAGCAUUAGGUGCAGAAGUUAUACCAUCAUUAGAAGAAUUUAAAGCAAUGACCCUACCAAUGAGAAAUGAAAUUUUGGCAGGACAUAUGGCACGUAUACUCAGUCAGAACGGUUUAGGUGAAAUGGAAGUGAUUGAUAAGUUGUUGAUUAACAACAAAUUGGAAGAUCUCGUCAUUUUACUUAACGACAAUGAUGCUUUAAUAGAAAGAUCACAACAAGUUCAACAAGAGAUGAAUAACCUUAACGUUGGAUUAAACGCCUUGAGGAUCGAUCAAGGGGGUGCAUCCAGAGCUGGCAGCAUGAUAUCACAAAGUGGAUAUAUAUCACAACAAAGUGAGAAAGAGAGGUUAAUUAUGAGUGUCCAAAACCUCGGCGAACCAGAUAGCGAAAAGAUUGGAGAAAUGCUCAACAGUUUGGGCAAGAAGGAGAGGGCUUUAUGCUUAUUCUCUAAUGAUUACUUGAUCCAAAAAGUCAGAGAUGCUAGAGUACUCAUGGAAGCCAUGGAAGGUGAUGAUGAUGAGGCCAAACCAGAAAUGAAGACCGAAGAGAACCAGAAUAUGACGGCUGCUGAGGUAUUAGAAAAGGCUAUCAAAGAGAAGACAAUAUAUGAUGAAGAGCUGUACAAGCAGACAGUUGAUUAUUACAAUUCACUCGCUCAUUUGGAAGUUAAAACACAAAAACAAAAAAUUGGUGAGAACCUCUUCAAGCAAAUAAAAUUAAACGGCUUUAAGAGUAAUAUUGCAAAAUUAACAAUCAAGAUUCUGGACAAUGAAGAUCUUAAGUCAUUGAUUUUAUUAAUAAAAAUAUAUCCAGAGUAUUUGAAUUUAAUUAUUUGUAAAUAUUAGACAAUGAUCAUCUUUAUUAUUUU